UGCCGAGUUUCAAAACGAUCAACACAUUCAAACGGUCAACCAUUUAGUGCUGCCUGCGAUGGCCAACUAUCGUUCGACCUAUACAUUCAGCAUUACGAACAACACACGCACCUUUCACCACCGCUGGAGUUUGUUGGGUGUGCAGUAUGAGUGUAACGCCUGCACCACAUCCUGCGAUGCAAGCGCGCAGUACUCACAGCACUGGCGAGCAACAGCUGAUGUCGCGCGACUGCUUUGUAGCGACGCGCAACGCGCUCAACUAGCUACCAUAGCAGCGCGACGCAUUUGUAAUUUUUUGCUUUGCAAUGAGUACCACGAAGGCGCACAAAGUACGAAUAGAUUUCUAGUGGACGCUGGCAUAUGCGCCAUACCACAGCUACUGCGUUUGCUCUUUCACGAUGCCGCACGUCUACACUUGCGUUUAAGCUUCUACACACGCGCCGCCAAUAAUAUGGAUUUUUUAUUUACCAGCAGUGAACUCACGCUGACACAUCAUCUGGACAUUGCGCAAGCUGUGGAUGUUAUAUUUCAAAUGCUGUUGGAGAAGAUAGAGACAUAUAUGCUGGCGUGCUAUUCGCCACAGAAUGCCACGUUAUAUCGUAUACAGCGCAUAAAAAUUCACGUACGCCGUACGUUGAAAACACAAUUGCCGCUUGAAGCUACUCAUUAUGCGCUGCCGUUGCAAUAUCGUGUGAAACAUGCCACCUCCACGGCGCCCAUGCCGGUAGUGAACGCCGCGUCCAUAGCGCUUGCGAAUAUAUAUUGCUUUCGUGUUUGCGCGCGUACGCAAGAACUGUACGUUGUACCCUAUCAGUUAGGCAGCGUUUGUGAUCAGAGUCAAAUGUCCGAUGAUGUGGAGUCUUGGGAUAAGGCCGGUCUUGGCGCUCAUUAUAUUAUGUUGCAGAGUGUUGAUGAUAAGGUGGAAGAGUUUUUGGAAAUAAAAAAUUUGACGCGCUUUCUGCGUACCGAUGCAAAUGAUUAUGUGCACUCGUGUUCACAGUGUAAUAUGAAUUUUACGCAGCGCACGCAUUUAUGGCUACACAACGCGCUUGACUGUGGCCGCGGCUUUGAAGUCAUGAAACUAGAUAGUGAUUUCGUGGAAAUUUACGAUAACUGCCUCGACAUGCGUUGUGACAAUUAUAAGUGGGCGCUUUACGGGAUAAUAGAGCACUAAGGAGCGGCUGAAAUGAUACGCAUAGAGAGGCUUGAACUGUGACCUAGAAUACAGCUUAUACACAAGAUAUAAUAGAGAUAUUUCAAUAAUUAAAGCCUUUUAUCAAAAUUUAUUUUAAGAAAGCUGAUUUAAUAAAAUAA